AUGCCAAUAAUUAAUCGGAAUCCACCAGUUCCCAAUCCCAGCACCAAUGUUGAGCCGCCAUUGGCCGGAGAGCCGGGACCUUCACAGGCACGUGACAGUAAUGAUGAUGACAUUGCUCAACCUGGACCCUCGACGCAGAUUGCACAGCUAAGGAAUUCAAAUAUUGUAAAAUUCGGUAAACGCAAAAAACCCAAGAAAUCGCGCAAGGUUAAGAAGCAAGCCAAUACGACCAAUCCUAAUCCGCCGCCACCUGGCUUUUUGACAGUGUCUGGUUGUAUAGCAUCAAAGGGUGCGAAAAGUAGUCGACCCAACAUUUUACAAGAACUGCUUAGAAGUAGAUAG